AUGCCUGCGAUUAACUCCAUAAUCACAGGAACUUAUUCAAAUGAUUUCAGUGUCAUAGACGAGUUCUUGAAGCUUGAGCUGAAGAAGAGAACGCAAUUUGAGAGGGAAAAAGACAAAUAUAAACGAAAACGAAAAGAGAAUGAGAUGAGACAACCACCAUGGCCAGUUCGAGAAUUGGCUCGAAUAUCUCCGCAUUGUAUGUGUUGGGCGAUUCUUCCGUUGAUUGCGGAAACAACACUCUGUUCUAUCCUCUGCUUCAUGCUCGUUUCUCUCUCUAUUCUUGCGAUGGCUCCGAUGCUUCCCUUCUUCCUCAAUUACUUGAAUCUCUCUUCUGAAGAAAUCUUUCUUGCAGGGGAGAAAAUAGGAUUGCCAUUAAUCCGUCCGUUUUAUAGCCAAAAUGGGUCUCUGAAUGAGGUACUUAAGGGCCUCAACUUUGGAUCAACACAAGCAACAAUCAUGAGCAGAAGGGGCAGACAGAGCCACCAGUCUCUCACCCAACAACUCCGUCAAGUUUCUGAGACUUUACAGCUCUUGCAGCUGCAUCUUAGAGAGGACACUGCGCUUCAAUUCACGAAGUCUUCCAUCUUCAUCCUCUCGUUUGGCAAAGAAGAUUACACUGAUCUCCUCCUCGGUAACAUCUCCAGCAAAGUAUUCAAUUACAAUGUCCAUGACUUCGCCACCAUUUUAGUCAAUCAAAUGACAAAUGCAUUGAGGUAUCUUUAUGACAUAAAUGCAAGAAAGAUCAUAUGCUUGGGAAUAGUUCCUUUGGGAUUCACCCCACGUGUGGCCUGGAUUUGCAAUCGGGCAUCAUCAGCAGGAGAUGAUCAUGGUAAGAGUUGCGUGGAUCAAGCCAAUAAGUUGGUCUUAGAAUACAAUAAAUUGCUUGCUAAGCAUAUCGAGGAGCUUAAUAAGGAGUUCACUGAUGCCCAUAUCGUGUUCUGUGAUGUAUAUGAAGGACUAAUGGAGAUCAUGAAAAAGGGAAAUCUUUAUGGUUUUGAUGACACAAAAAGUGCAUGUUGUGGGCUUGGUUUGUACAAUGCUACAGUUGGCUGCAUCUCCAUGGACACAGCCUGUGAUCAAGCUUCAAGCCAUGUUUGGUGGGACUUACUCAACCCCACUUACGCAGUGAACUCCAUUCUAGCUAAUGCAGCCUGGUCUGGCCAUCCCUUCUCUGGCCUUUGCCACCCUCUCACCAUCCAUGAACUAGUCACCAAAGCCUAAGCACCUUGCUUGAGAAAAAUCAGAGCUUAUUCAUUUCCUUUUUCCUAAUGUAAAUGUAAAUUUUGUACAAUUAGCUCUUAUCCCCCCGCCCCACUUUAAAUAACAUUAAAACUUCUGUUGCAGUUUGUUACGUGUAUGUAGCUUUUAUGUUGCUAAACUUGCUUUC